AGUGUGAAGUGAGUGCCAAAUGAUUGUCUCAAUGCAAUGUUAACAAUCGAUUCCCGAGUUAUUUAUUGUUGGAGUUAUGAUCUGGGGAGAUUAAAAAAUUAAUUAGGGAAAACAGCAAAGUGGAAGAUUGUUUCGGGGUGGAAUCGAAUAUUCAAUUGAUAGAGAUAUAUGACGUUUUGAGAUUAUUAGACCUGAAAAGUGUAUUUUUUUCGAGUGGUGAGGUGCGCGCGCUCCAUUGCGCAGAGCGGCGAAGCUUUUCCGUAGUCACAGAAUUCAGUGGAGUGAGAAAUAUUGGAGAAUUGUGUUAUUACAUGGCAAUUGAAAGCCGUUGAAAGGGCCUGAGCUCGUCUGAAUAAGACAAUUCGGUUAUUUCAAGUGAGAAGUGGGUUUUGGAUAAUUUUUGAAAACACUAUGGCUAAUGAGGAACUGCCCAAGGGUUGGGAGAAACGUCUCAGCAGGUCUACAGGGCAACAUUAUUAUUUGAAUAUUUAUACAAAGGAGAGUCAGUGGGAUGUACCGAGCAAGCCAGCACAACCUUGCGACAAUGGUGAUGGCCCGGAAGAGGUUCAGUGCUCUCAUAUUUUAGUUAAACAUGCUGGAUCGAGACGUCCCUCCUCUUGGAGGGAAGAGAACAUCACGAGAUCGAAGGAAGAGGCCCUCGAUCUUAUUAAAUCGUAUCGUGAACAAAUAACAUCUGGAAAAGCUACAUUCACUGAAAUAGCGUCGAAAUACAGUGACUGCAGUUCAGCGAAGCGUGGAGGGGACCUGGGGCCUUUUGGUAGAGGUGCGAUGCAAAAGCCAUUUGAGCAAGCAGCAUUUGCCCUCAAAGUUGGAGAGAUGUCCUCUCCUGUCCAUACAGACAGCGGUAUCCAUAUUAUAGAGAGAACUGCUUGAAGAAUUUUCACGAAAUCGCAGCUCAUUUUUCUCUCCCCCAGAACACACACAUUGAAUAAUAAUCUAUUUAGUUAUCUCGAAAACUCGAGACAACUUCCGAGGAAUGCAACAGUUAGUUUUUCUUUUUGCUGUUUCAAGUAUUCUUCCUUUUUUUAUUUUUUAAGACAUACAUAGAUGAAGUCAGAAUGAGAAUCAUGUCUUUAGUAACACUAUUAACUAUUACGGAACUAAAUAAAUGUGUAUACAUGCUCAGACUAA